CCAGACCGAAGACUCCCCAUCGGCCUACAUUAAUAGACAGACCAGGCUGUCAAAUUUGCUUCUUUCGUCGCCCAAACUCCCCCAACUCUGAUGCCUAAUCCUGCCAAAACCCUAAUUCUCCCGUUGUUAAUUUUUCAACGGAAAGGAAAUCAGUUAAUUCGAUUUACGCGGUGAAAAGUUCAAUGAGAGCUCUGUAUCGAUCGUCGAGAUUUGUAACGUCUACGCUCCGGCCUCUGUUAUACGAAUCCUAUAGAUUCGGAACUCUCUUACCGUUAAUUGGAGGAGAGUGUUCCUUUUGUUCCCAUUCUCGAGAGAAGAGCAGAGAGGGAGCUUUAGAUUUGAGCCAGUACCCACCGGAGAGAAUUCGAAACUUCUCCAUUAUUGCUCACGUAGACCACGGAAAGUCUACUCUUGCUGAUCGCCUUCUAGAGCUCACGGGUACUAUCAAGAAGGGUCAUGGGCAGCCGCAGUACCUGGAUAAACUGCAGGUUGAAAGGGAAAGGGGUAUUACGGUCAAAGCUCAGACAGCUACAAUGUUCUUUAGACACAAAUUUCAGCAACAUGAGGCUACUGAAAUAGUAAAUGCACCAAAUUUUUUGUUGAAUCUUAUUGACACCCCUGGUCAUGUUGAUUUUAGCUAUGAGGUAUCCAGAUCACUUGCAGCUUGCCAGGGUGUUUUACUAGUGGUUGAUGCUGCACAAGGUGUUCAAGCUCAAACAGUUGCCAACUUCUAUCUUGCUUUUGAAUCUAACUUGGCAAUUAUCCCUGUAAUAAACAAGAUUGAUCAGCCUACUGCAGAUCCAGAUCGUGUAAAGGCUCAGCUGAAGUCCCUGUUUGAUCUGGAUCCAAAUCAUGCUCUUCUAACUUCUGCUAAAACAGGCCAGGGUCUUGAACAUGUCCUUCCUUCUGUGAUAGACCGCAUACCUGCUCCACCUGGAAAGUGUGAUUCACCUUUAAGGAUGCUUCUAUUAGAUUCUUAUUAUGACGAAUAUAAAGGAGUAAUAUGCCAUGUUGCUGUUGUUGAUGGGGCUCUUUAUAAGGGUGAUAAAAUUGCUUCUUCAGCAACUGGCCAUGUAUACGAGGUUUCAGAUAUUGGAAUCAUGCAUCCUGAACUUACCCCAACUGGAGUUCUAUUGACUGGUCAAGUUGGUUAUAUUGUUAGUGGAAUGCGCUCAACUGCUGAGGCACGUGUUGGUGAUACACUUCAUCAAGCCAAAAGCACUGUUUUGCCCCUUCCUGGUUUCAAGCCUGCAAAACACAUGGUUUUCUCUGGCCUUUAUCCAGCUGAUGGAUCUGAUUUUGAUGCUCUCAACCAUGCAAUAGAGAGAUUGAUUUGCAAUGAUGCUAGUGUUUCGGUUACCAAAGAGACUAGUACAGCACUUGGCAUGGGAUUCAGAUGUGGCUUCCUGGGUUUACUUCAUAUGGAUGUCUUUCAUCAACGGCUUGAGCAAGAAUAUGGUGCAAAAGUUUUAUCUACCAUACCAACUGUGCCUUAUAUUUUUGAGUAUUCAGAUGGGAGUAAGGUAAAGGUUCAGAAUCCCGCUGCAUUAGCCUCAAACCCCGGAAAGAGUGUUACAGCAUGUUGGGAACCAUCAGUUAUUGCAACUAUAAUCCUUCCUUGUGAAUAUGUAGGACCUGUUAUUACACUUUGUUCAGAAAGGAGAGGAGAUCAACUUGAAUAUUCAUUUAUUGAAAGCCAGAGGGUGCUCAUGAAAUAUCAACUUCCACUUAGGGAAAUUGUUGUUGAUUUCUACAACGAACUGAAAAGUAUAACCUCUGGAUAUGCAUCAUUUGACUACGAAGAUGCUCAUGAACUGAAAUAUGAUGAACAUCUUCAAUUUCCAAACAAUCUCUUGGACAAAAUAUUGAAUCUUGCAAUUUUCUGUAUUUCAACCAGAAAUUAAUAGGUA